AUGGGUUCGAGCGCAGAGCAUGUUAACAUGGAUCAAACAGCUUUGGAAAUUGAUUCUGCAGAGAAGCGUCUCAAUCAGCUUGGAUACAAGCAAGAACUCAGAAGAGAAAUGACUUUUUUCAAGACGCUUGCAAUUACAUUUUCGAGCAUGGCAGUUUUUACCGGGACACCUCUCUAUGGGUCUAGCCUACGCUAUGCAGGACCUGCAAGCUUGAUAUGGGGAUGGGUGGUUGUCACGUUCUUCACUUGGUUUGUUGGAAUUGCCAUGGCUGAGAUCUGCUCUUCUUUCCCUACCACGGGUUCGCUUUACUUUUGGGCAGCUCAUUUGUCUGGACCCAAGUGGGGGCCAUUUGCAUCCUGGUGUUGCGCUUGGCUCGAAGCCAUUGGAGCCAUUUCUGGAAUUGGUGCUCAGGCAUAUUCGGGAGCCCAAGCCCUACAAAUGAUCAUUCUUCUCGCCACGGGAACCAACAAGGGUGGAGGCUACUUUGCUUCAAGAGGUGUUUUCUUGUGUAUGUAUAUGGGUUUCACCAUCAUAUGGGCAGUACUCAACAGCUUCGCUUUACAAGUCGUUGCUUUCCUUGGCAUUAUCUCCAUAUGGUGGCAGAUGAUUGGGGGUUUAGUUGUGAUUGUAAUGCUUCCUUUGGUGGCACAACAAACACAAACCGCUUCUUUUGUGUUCACGCAUUUUGAAACAUCACCUGAGGCAACUGGAAUAAGAAGUAAACCUUACGCGGUAGUUCUAUCUGUGCUGCUAAGCAAUUACUGCCUAUAUGGCUAUGACACCGCAGCUCAUUUAACUGAAGAAACUAAAGGUGCUGAUCGAACCGGCCCUACUGCAAUUCUUUCCAGUAUUGGCAUCAUCUCAGUUUUUGGAGGGGCAUAUUACUUGGCUCUUACUUUCAGUAUCCAGGAUUUUAACUAUUUAUACGAUGAGAACAACGAGACUGCAGGUGCUCUGGUACCGGCACAGAUAAUCUAUGAUGCAUUUCAUGGAAGGUACCAUAAUUCAACUGGGGCCGUAGUUUUUCUAUGUAUCAUCUGGGGAUCCUUCUUCUUCUGUGGGCUCUCAGUGACUACAAGUGCUGCAAGAGUGGUUUACGCUCUAUCAAGAGACAAUGGAAUCCCAUUUUCACCUACCUGGAGAAGAAUUCACCCAAAGUACAAGGUUCCCAUAAAUGCUGUGUGGCUGUGUGCAGCAAUUAGCAUCAUUCUUGGACUACCCAUCCUGAAGCUAGAUGUAAUUUUCACAGCCAUUAUAUCAGUAAGUACAAUUGGCUGGGUUGGAGGCUAUGCUGUACCAAUAUUUGCAAGGCUGGUCAUGGCUGAGAAAAACUUCAAACCAGGACCCUUUUAUUUGGGCCGAGCAAGAAGGCCAAUUUGCUUGGUAGCAUUCUUAUGGAUAUGUUACACUUGUUCAGCCUUCCUAUUGCCAACUCUCUACCCAAUCCAAUGGAAAACUUUCAACUAUGCACCGAUAGCCCUUGGCAUAUGUUUGACUCUGAUAAUGCUUUGGUGGGUGGUUGAUGCUAGAAAAUGGUUCAAGGGACCCGUAAGGAAUAUUGAUUUACAGAAUGGUCAUAGUUAA